ACUGCUAGCGGAGUAUAGAUAGGUAGCUUGGCAGAAUUCCAGUUUGCAGUUCAAACGGCUCCAGUCGGUACCUGACAGUUUAAAUGAAGCAAUCAACAAAUUGAUAAAUCAUCUUGAAGACAAGAGACGAAUUUACUGUUCCAUUGCGAUUCUGGAGAAACAAAAUGGCAGCAACUGGAGGACUGACAGAGGAACAGAAACGAAGGAUAGAAGAAAACAAAAGGAAAGCAUUGGAAAAAAGGGCGCAAAGAGCAAAUCAACAAGCAUCAUCUAUCCCAGCAACUCUAACCUCUAGCAGCAAGUUGUGGAGGCCAUCAUGUCUAACGUCCAAGCCAGCUAACGGCGAUACCGGUAGAUCAGUAUUAUAUGAUAUGACUUCAAAACAAAGAAGCUGUGAACAGUCUGCAACAAGUGUAACAACAAACAAUAGUUGCAUCCAAUCCAAUGCUAUGAGCAUCCCAAAGAGCCCACCACCUAAUCAGUAUGAACAACCUCUAAAACCAUACCAGGUGCAACAACCAGUGGCUGCCACAGGCACAAACCAAAAGACUAUCACUCAGUUUUAUGGCAACUCUAACAGCAGUGGAGUAAAAAGCACCAGUAGCAGCAAAACAGUUCAUGCCUCGAAACCAGCACAUCAAGGCCAAAGUAAGGUCAAUUUGUGGAGCAACGGUGAUAGAGGUGGUGGUCGUGGUAGCGGUGGUACGCCAAGCUGGUCAUCAAACAAUGUAUUGAAACCAUCAGGUUCUUUCACAGGUGGUUCAAGUCUUACAGGACAUUGUGUCUUGUUGUCAAGAUCUCGCUUUGUAGCAGACAUAGGAUACCAUUCUAAGUUGAUUGAAAUCUUCAAAGCUAUACCAAGUAAAAGUUAUGACGUUACUACAAAAAAGUGGUCAUUUUCACUUACCCACUACGAUGAAUUCAUGAAGGCGGUUCAGGUAUUAAAGAAUGAGGUCGAGAUGAAACCACUCCCAAAUUCAGUGUGUUUAGCAUUCCGUAGCCAGCGCAGUGGAAAACAUACAACGCUUGAGGUUCCUGAGGCUGACCUGAGUGGGGUAGAUACAAAGCUUGCACAAGGUCUCAUGCCAUUUCAGAAGAAAGGUGUUGAUUUUACGAUUCACCGAGGAGGGAGAGCCUUGAUAGCCGAUGACAUGGGAUUAGGAAAAACAAUUCAAGCCAUCUGUGUAGCAUGUUACUAUAGAUCAGAAUGGCCAAUGCUCGUCGUUAGUCCUUCGUCAAUGCGCUUCUCAUGGGCAGAGGCAUUCUUAAAAUGGAUACCAUCGAUUGAGGAGUAUGAGGUCAAUGUUGUGACCUCUGGAAGGGAAAGUGUUUCCUGUGGUCAAGUAAAUAUAAUCAGCUAUGACCUGAUGGCCAGGAAAACCAAGGCGUUGCAGGCUGUAGGUUUCAAGGUCAUCAUCAUGGAUGAGUCUCAUUUUCUCAAGAGUUACAAGACAGCUAGAACCAAGGCAGCUCUGCCACUAUUAAAGGCAGCGCCAAGAGUGAUCCUUCUCUCCGGUACACCGGCCCUCUCCAGACCAUCUGAACUCUUCCAACAGAUCAGUGUGGUCAAUCCACGGCUCUUCCCAUCAUUCCAUGACUUUGCACUAAGAUACUGCGAUGCUAAACAGACUCACUUUGGCUGGGACUACUCUGGCUCCUCAAACCUGACUGAAUUACAUCUUCUCCUAGAAGAGAAAGUGAUGAUAAGAAGACUUAAGAAGGAUGUCCUUGGGCAGUUACCAUCCAAGAUUAGACAAGUGGUGAUAAUGGAUCCUAGCUUUGUGAAGACUGGUAGCACAUCACUUAAGUGUGCAGCUAAGGAUAUGGAAAAGAAGAGUAAAUCAGAUCAACAAGGGACUUUACUCAAGUAUUUCAGUGAGACCGGUCUUGCCAAGAUCCCUGCAUUGAAGGAGUAUGUGAUUGACCUAGCAGAAAGUGGUCAUAAAUUUCUUGUCUUUGCUCACCAUCAGAAAGUCAUGGAAGCUCUGGCCGAAGCACUCAUGAAAAAGAAAAUCAAGAUCAUCCGUAUAGAUGGAAGCACAUCGUCGUACAUGCGCAACGAGCUGGUCGAGAAAUUCCAGACCAAUGACUCCUAUCAAGUUGCAGUAUUGUCCAUCACAGCGUGUAAUGCAGGGAUCACCCUGACCUCUGCAUCUACGGUGCUCUUUGCAGAAUUGUUCUGGAAUCCCGGAAUCCUGGUUCAGGCCGAGGAUCGCGUCCAUCGAAUCGGUCAGCAAGACUCGGUGACCGUUCGUUAUCUCAUCGCAAAGAACACUGCAGAUGACUAUAUCUGGCCUCUUAUUCAGAAGAAACUCUCCAUCCUUGGCAAAGCUGGCCUCUCAAAAGAUGAUUUUGGUGAUGCGGACACGACUGAAUUGAAGGAUCCCAAGCAGCGAAGUAUCCUGUCAUUCUUUGAGCAAUCUUUCUUUGAGGAUGACCCUCUCUCCCAGGAAGAUCUUGACCUCCUGGAAGCAGCCGAGGCUACCAACAAACCAGAAACAGCUUGUCAAGAUGCCGGCGGGCUACCAAAGACAGAUACAGGGUUGUUCAGCUCAUUUUACUUUGAGAAAACAUCUAUGGACAGUCCUAAGAUCAAGAAACCAAGAAUGAACUAACCUGUAGGGUAAAAAGUAAAGGUGAGAUAGAAUGUACUGAACACUGAUGGGUUGGAAAGUAAAGGUGAGAUAGUAUGUACUGAACACUGAUAGGUUAGAAAGUUAAGGUGAGAUAGUAUGUACUGAACACUGAUGGGUUAGAAAGUAAAGGGAGAUAGUAUGUACUGAACACUGAUGGGUUAGAAAGUUAAGGUGAGAUAGUAUGUACUGAACACUGAUGGAUUAGAAAGUUAAGGUGAGAUAGUAUGUACUGAACACUGAUGGAUUAGAAAGUUAAGGUGAGAUAGUAUGUACUGAACACUGAUGGGUUAGAAAGUUAAGGUGAGAUAGUAUGUACUGAACACUGAUGGAUUAGAAAGUUAAGGCGAGAUAGUAUGUACUGAACACUGAUGGGUUAGAAAGUUAAGGUGAGAUAGUAUGUACUGAACACUGAUAGAUUAGAAAGUAAAGGGAGAUAGUAUGUACUGAACACUGAUAGGUUAGAAAGUUAAGGUGAGAUAGUAUUUACUGAACACUGAUGGGUUAGAAAGUUAAGGUGAGAUAGUAUUUACUGAACACUGAUGGGUUAGAAAGUUAAGGUGAGAUAGUAUUUACUGAACACUGAUAGGUUAGAAAGUUAAGGUGAGAUAGUAUGUACUGAACACUGAUGGGUUAGAAAGUAAAGGUGAGAUAGUAUUUACUGAACACUGAUGGGUUAGAAAGUUAAGGUGAGAUAGUAUUUACUGAACACUGAUGGGUUAGAAAGUUAAGGUGAGAUAGUAUGUACUGAACACUGAUGGAUUAGAAAGUAAGGGUGAGAUAGAAUGUAUAGAACACUGAUGGAUUAGAAAGUAAGGGUGAGAUAGUAUUUACUGAACACUGAUGGAUUAGAAAGUAAAGGGAGAUAGUAUGUACUGAACACUGAUAGGUUAGAAAGUAAAGGUGAGAUAGUAUGUACUGAACACUGAUGGGUUAGAAAGUAAAGGUGAGAUAGAAUGUACUGAACACUGAUGGGUUAGAAAGUAAAGGUGAGAUAGAAUGUACUGAACACUGAUGGGUUAGAAAGUAAAGGUGAGAUAGAAUGUACUGAACACUGAUGGGUUAGAAAGUAAAGGUGAGAUAGUAUUUACUGAACACUGAUGGGUUAGAAAGUAAAGGUGAGAUAGUAUGUACUGAACACUGAUGGGUUAGAAAGUAAAGGUGAGAUAGAAUGUACUGAACACUGAUGGGUUAGAAAGUAAGGGUGAGAUAGAAUGUACUGAACACUGAUGGGUUAGAAAGUAAGGGUGAGAUAGAAUGUACUGAACACUGAUGGGUUAGAAAGUAAAGGCGAGAUAGUGAACAGUGAUAGGUUUAGAAGUAAAGGUGAAAUAGGAUGUACUGAAUACUGUUUAAAGCAGUUAGGUGAGGAAAUGAAGGUGAGUUAGAAUGUAUUAAACAUUCUUUGAUGUAGUUAGGUUUAAAUGUGAGAUUAAAUGAACUGAAGACUGAAGCAGUUAGCUUAGGAAGCAAAGGAGAGAAGAGAAGAAAAGAACUGUAUUUGACAACUGUAAAAAUUCUAGUAGCUGUAAAGGUUCUAAACUCCCAAAAUUCUUUUUUUUUUCAAGUAAGAAGGUACUUGGCUUUAGGAAAUGAUGGGAAGAAUUAUUAAGAGUGAAAGUGCACUCACUGAGUUUUUAAGACAAAUACAGUCAUCUAGAAUCUACACAAGUUGAAAGACACUUAGCUAAUUCAAACAGUUUGUUUUGAUACCAAGAGAUUUGACUUUAACU